AUGCUUUCUACAAGUGCAAUAAGAGGAAUUAGUGCAACUGGUUUGAACAGAAUGGCCACAGCAACAGCAACGGCAACAAAGACGGCAACAAAGACUGCAACAAAGACAGAGGAGAAGACGCAGGAAAAAACACAGUUUCAUCUGAAUUUCAAGAACUUCAACAGAGAUGAUACGAAGUAUGGUCAUAGACCAAUAUACAUGGAUAUGCAGGCAACAACGCCCGUGGAUCCUAGGGUUUUGGAUAAGAUGCUUCCAUUUUUCACUGGUUUAUACGGUAAUCCACACUCCUCUACGCACGCAUAUGGCUGGGAAACCGAUAAGGCUAUUGAGCAAGCAAGAAAAAACGUUGCUGACGUUAUUCACGCUGAUCCAAGAGAAAUUAUCUUUACAUCAGGAGCAACUGAAUGUAACAAUACUGCAUUGAAGGGUGUUGCUCACUUUUAUGGUAAGAGAAAGCACCACAUCAUCACGACACAAACUGAGCACAAAUGCGUUUUGGAUUCGUGCAGACAUCUACAAGAUGAAGGCUUUGAUAUUACGUAUCUAUCAGUCAACGAGGAUGGAUUGAUAGAUUUAGAACAGCUUGAAAAAUCUAUCAGAAAGGACACGUGCCUUGUUUCUGUGAUGGCUGUGAACAACGAAAUCGGAGUUAUUCAACCUAUAGAAGAAAUCGGAAAAAUAUGCAGAAAGCAUAAGGUUUUCUUCCACACAGACUGUGCCCAGGCCUACGGAAAGAUUCCUAUUGAUGUCAACAAGAUGAACAUCGACUUGAUGUCAAUUUCUUCGCAUAAGAUCUACGGUCCUAUGGGCAUAGGUGCACUCUACAUCAGAAGACGUCCAAGAGUGAGAAUUGAACCACUUAUAAACGGAGGUGGUCAAGAAAGGGGUCUGAGAUCUGGAACCCUUGCUCCUCCUUUGGUUUGUGGUUUUGGUGAGGCUGCUAGAUUGGUCCGGGAAGACUAUGAUUACGACCAUGCUCAUAUCAAGAAGCUUUCAGAUAAGCUUGUCAAGAAUUUGAUGUCCAUUCCUUACACGACAUACAAUGGAUCGAAGGAGCACCAUUUCCCAGGUUGCAUAAACGUUUCCUUUGCGUACAUUGAAGGUGAGUCUCUAUUGAUGGCAUUGAAAGAUGUCGCCUUGAGUUCUGGAUCUGCAUGUACUUCUGCUUCUUUGGAACCAUCUUACGUUUUGCAUGCUAUUGGUGCCGAUGACGCAUUGGCCCACUCUUCUAUCAGAUUUGGUAUAGGAAGAUUUACCACUGAAGAUGAGAUUGAUUAUGUUAGUGAUGCAUUGAGGCAGAGAGUCAAGUUCUUACGGGACUUGAGUCCUUUGUACGAAAUGGUGCAGCAGGGUGUGGAUUUGAGUACUAUUCAAUGGGCAGGCCAUUGA